AUGACCGCUUCAUCCAUUACGCACAACGUGGGGAGGCCUCCCAGCGCCAAGGAGGAGAGGAAGAUGAGGAAGCCACUCAUUGAGAGGAAACGACGAGAGAGGAUAAACAGCUGUUUGGAUCAGCUGAAGGAAACUGUGAUCGGAGCCUUCAGACUCGAUCAAUCCAAGCUGGAAAAAGCCGACAUUCUGGAGAUGACAGUGAAGCAUCUGCAAAACAUCCAGAGCAGUAAACUCAAUGACCCCACACUAGGCCUGGAGGCCCAGCAGAAAUACAGCACAGGUUACAUCCAGUGCAUGCACGAGGUCCACAACAUGCUCCUCACCUGCGAGUGGAUGGACAAGACCCUUGGCUCCCGCCUGCUCAACCACCUGCUCAAGUCCCUGCCCAGGUCCACCGACGACAAGCGCCCCCUCCAGGCCUCACCCAGACGGGAUGUGCCUCACCCCGGCACGCCCCUCAGAGGAGACCCCCUCGCUGGGAGGCAGAUCCAGAGAGAAAGCCCCACCUGUAAUGCGGCCGGACGCCUAGAGAGGCCGGCGCUCCACAGCUCCCGCCUGGGGAUGCUGGAGAUGUGGAGGCCGUGGUGA